GUCUCCCUCUGCUCCUGAUCUCUCUGCAUAUGGAGAGCCUAUGCUGGGGCUGGAAUUCUGCUGAGGAACCAGGGCUCAGCUGCUUUAUUGCGAGACCAGCCCAGACAUCUGGGUAAAGGCAGGGCUGGGAAAGAAACCUGAAGUCGUGAGUCUGGUGGAGCCUUGCGUGUUUCCAAACGCCCUGCUCUGAGUUCAUCCCACCAGUAAAGGCUGUGCAGCGUGAGAACUGAGUACUUUGUAACUGGGUGUGCCUGAAUGCAUCAGCCUUUGGAGGUGAGCGUCUUCCCUUGAAACAGCCUCGUGAUAUCCAAGUGCCUGCUCUCUCAGGAAGUCCCUUGGAAGAGCCUGUCUGUACAUCUGACCAGGUGCCUGACUGGGCUGCCUUGCUUCCAGACCUGAAUCAUGUCCCACCCGUCCUGGUUGCCACCCAAGAGUACCAACGAGCCUGUUGGUCAUGUUACUGCAAGGAUGGAGACCACACACACCUUUGGGACUCCCAGCAUCUCCGUGUCCACCCAGCAGACCCCAAAGAAGUUUGCGCCUGUGGUUGCCCCCAAACCAAAGUACAACCCAUACAAGCAACCAGGAGGUGAUGGGGACUUUCUUCCUCCCCCGCCCCCUCCUGUGGAUGACCUUGGGAACAUCACAUCACCACAAGGUGCCUUCCCCCCCCCACCCCCUCUGGAUGAUGUUACUUACAAUGUGCAGGUGAAUCCUGGUGGCAAGACACUUGAGGAGAGGCGGUCCAGUUUAGAUGCCGAAAUCGACUCUCUGACCAGCAUCCUGGCCGACCUAGAGAGCAGCUCUCCGUACAAACCUCGGACUCAACAGGGCUCCGGGACCUCGAGCAGCUCCGCCGCCGCCACCCCAUCUGUGUCCACCCCUGUCACUGGCCACAAGCGGAUGAUCAUCCCCAACCAGCCUCCCCUCACCGCCACCAAGAAGUCCACUGCCAAGGGUCCGGGGCAGCCAGCGCCCAUCCCGGUCACUCCCGUUGGCACCCUGAAGCCGCAGCCGGUGCCGGCCUCCUACGCCACGGCCUCCACGCCGAGCCGCCCGGCCUUCAACGUGCAGGUGAGGACGGCGCAGCCCAGCCCGCACUACCAACCGCCCGGCCCGCAGCCCGGCCACUACGGCAGCCUGGGGCCCGGCCAGCCCUACGCCUCUGCGCCGUCCCGCCAGCCUGCUGCCCCUCAGUACGGAGCGCCGCAGCCCCACGGGCCCGACUACGGCUAUGCCCCUCCGCCCGGCCGGCCCGCCGAGCCCGCCUAUGGUUACGCGCCCCCGCAGGGCCGCUACCAGGACCCCUACUACGGGGGGUACAGCGGCAGGAACGGCUCCGAAGCGCCCUACAUGCCGCAGAGCUCCUGGAAGGCUGAGCCGGCGUAUCCUGCAAGUAAUGCCAUGGGUCAGGCUCCCCCUGGGCUCUACCAGCCACCGGGCACGAAAAAGACCUACAUCACUGACCCGGUGAUGGCCCCGCAGCCACCCACCCUGCAGCAGAAGAGUGGAUAUCCAAGCUCUGGACCUGCAUCAAGCACUCCUGCAUUCAGGCCUGAGGAUGAGCUGGAACAUCUGACCAAGAAAAUGCUGUAUGACAUGGAGAAUCCUCCCUCUGAUGACUACUUUGGACGCUGUGCCCGCUGCGGGGAGAAUGUUGUUGGAGAAGGCACUGGUUGCACAGCCAUGGACCAAGUCUUCCACGUGGAGUGUUUCACCUGCAUAAUGUGCAACAACAAGCUGAGGGGACAGCCUUUCUAUGCUGUGGAGAAGAAAGCUUACUGUGAACCCUGCUACAUUAAUACACUGGAGCAAUGCAGUGUCUGCGCAAAGCCCAUCAUGGAAAGGAUCCUCCGAGCCACUGGGAAGGCCUACCAUCCCCACUGCUUCACCUGUGUGAUGUGCCAUCGCAGCCUGGAUGGGAUUCCCUUCACUGUGGAUGCUGGUGGCAACAUCCACUGCAUCGAGGAUUUCCAUAAGAAAUUUGCCCCGAGGUGUUCUGUGUGUAAGGAGCCCAUCAUGCCGGCCCCAGGACAAGAGGAGACCGUACGCAUUGUUGCCCUGGAUCGUGACUUCCAUGUCCAGUGCUACCGGUGCGAGGACUGUGGUGGCCUCCUGUCUGAAGGGGACAAUCAGGGCUGUUACCCUCUGGACGGGCACAUCCUUUGCAAGACCUGCAACUCUGCUCGGAUCCAGGCUCUGACUGCCAAGGCCAGCACUGAUCUCUGAGUAUCAACUGUGACCCUCCCCAGGAUGCCCACUGGGGGACAUUGCACAAGCUUUGCAUGAUUUCUUUCCAGCCUAGGGUCUGAAUCUCUGUUAUUGAAAAAAAGAAAAAAAAAGAAGAAAAAAAAAAGUAAAACUGGAAGGCUUUGGAACAAGAGGGCGGUUUGAGAGGCCAUGUUCAGACUGCCCAUGACAGGCACCUAAUUUAGACACAGCUGUUCAAGAGGGCAGUGAGUGAGUUAGAGCAGUUGCUGUAUCUGCAGCUGAUGGAGUUAAGGGUCACAGCACCUAAGUUAUCUGCCUGUAGGAGGUCUGAACAUGGUCCUAACUAUGCAUCUAUGUUUGAUUCCUGUUUCUUAAGAAGUACAUGAAGGUAGAGAGUGAAAGAUGGCUGAGCUAGUUAUUUCUCCUGUUAUUUUGAGAACCUGACCAGCUCUCAUUGAAAUCAUGGGAAGCUUCCCUUUGACUUUAGUUGGAUCUGUGUCAGCAGCAGAAGUAGCUCCACUGCCCUAGAAGGUGUGAGAGCAGACCCAGCAUUAACACAAACAGUGGAACUGCAACUGUACUGCACCUGAGUGUAGGUGUGACCUUGUAUCCUUGGGACACAGAUUGGUUAUUUCUUAGGCCCUUUCUUGUUUCCAUUCCCUUCCAGUUCAAUAGGGUUUUUUCUUUUACUCAUGAAAGUCUACUUAGCUAUUGCAUAAAUUUAUUCAGUAGUGAUGCUUCCAAUUCACAAUGUAUGAGCAAUCACAGAAAGAUGUGAGCUUGCACACACUGUACACUACACACACACUACACACACACAACGUGCUUUUGAUUUACCAGAGGCAUAAGCCAGUCAUGUUCAUUGAGAAGAUCUUUAAGGGGUGUGGGCCUGGAAACACAUUUCUGAAAUCCCAGUGGUUAAAAAAAGGUAAAAAUGACUACAUAGAGCUGCAGUGCAAAGCGAUGCUCAAAAAAAUCUUACACCACUCUCUCUCGUACAGCCCAUUCUGGUGGGACCAUUGGCAGUGCUGGUCUCUGGGUAGACAUUCAAGCAAUAAGGUCUUGUUCCAUCUGCUGUUAUUGCAAUGGGAGGAUUUUCCUUCAACAGUAACAGGGAUUGUAUCAGGCUUUGGGAUGAUACACAUUCCUCUGAUGUUCACACACGUGAUCUGUAGUUUUCAAUAAAAAAAAUCAGAUCUUGUUUCAACAACAGCUAAAAAGAUCCUCCUAAAUGCAUGUUCAGUUUUAUCCUAAGAAAACUAAAGGAGGUAUUAAGCCCUUCACUAUGGCAUUCCAGAAAGCAGGCAAUUUUUUUCUCUUCUAUUUUCAUCCCAGCCAUUUACACCUUGUCUCUGGUGAAAUUCAUGGUAGUAGAGUGCUGGGCCAGCAGCAGCAUUUUCAUCCUUAGUCCAGAAUUAAUACAUAUGCCAAGGUAAAUAAAACCUGGGCACAGAUAAUCCUUUUUUUCACAUGAUCGUGGGUUUGGGGUUUUUUUUCGUUUUUUUUUAGUUUGGUUAAUUAAAAACAAAUCAAAAAAUUAGAAAUCCAUGGCACUCUGAGCAGCUAUAAUAGUCUUGUUCAUGAAACCCGUAAUAACUAAGGUGCAAAUUACAUAGUGAGGGAGUAAUUUUCAUAUCACUGAAUUGACAUUAAUAUCUUAUUUGCAGAUGUAAUCAAGGAAAAUACCUUUCUUUGCACUUAAAUUAAGAAGCAGAAUUGAAACAGUUGCAGGCUGAUUGACCAUGUAAGUGACAAACUGGCACUUUUCAAGAGUAAGUUAUACAAAUUUUUUCAUGCAUCCCACUGAAAAACAAUGAGAAUGUGGUGCUUUCCUCUUUGUAUCAGGCUUCUGUUAUAGAGAAUAAUUAUAUUCACUAAUGCUGAAAAGAAAAGUUAGAUGAGCUGAACUGAUAGGAAACAAAGGAAAAAUUGUGAUGUGAUACUGCAGCUCCUACAAAUGGUGCAUCCUUUCAGUUUAGCACAAACCUUUCUGGAAGAGCACUGUGAUAUUCAGUAGCUUCAGCUGUAUGUGGUAAAUUCAAAUGCAGAAAUACCAGUCUGAAACCUCCAUUCCUUACAUGGUUUAUAUGUUGGCAAGCUUCACCAGUGUCAGGGAAGUUUCCCAAAAUUCACAGCUUGAAAUGAAUCCUUCUUUGUAGAAGGGUGGCAUCAUUGAGCAAAAGAUUUCCUUUACCACCAUAGGUAAAGCAGUUUGACUUUUUAUACUGGAUUUCUACCCUGGCCUGCAAGAAUUUUACUGCCUUAGACGUAAACAGAUUUUUGGCACCCUGGCUCCCACCAGGUUCCACCUGGACUCCCGCUCCCUGAACCGUGGCAUGUAAAGUCCUUCUGAGCUUGCUUCUUAACACACAGUCUGCACCACCAGCAGUCCAAAGAACCUCAUAAAUACUGGGCAAAUCUAGUUUGAACUAGCCCUACAAAAACAGGGGAGGUCAGUGCUGGGAUACAAGCACAAGCGAUAAUGUGAUGCAUUUGGGUGCAGAAUGAGCCAUUCUUCAGGCAGAAGGCAUAGCUCUGAUCUUCCUUACUCUUGUGAGUGUUACAUCAAGUGGCUGAUGAGACUCUCUUGAAUAACACUGGGGUAAUUGAUGGAAACAAGCUGCUGUGCCUUCCAGCAGAAUGUGGCCUAGACUCACAGUUCAGAGCCUUUGGGCCUUUUACAGCCUUGCCACAGGCUCGACUGGAGCAAGUCAUAUGGCUCCUUGUCUUCUGCCCUCUGCAUGAGACAGCUUCUUUGCAGUUUCCCAGAGCCAUUAUGGGAAUUAAACUAGUCACAGACUAGCCCAAGCUAUUGAUUUCUGGAGCUCUAUUUUCUCUUUCCAGAAAAAUUUGCUGGUAUGUAGGCCUGGGAUUCCAACCCAUUUCAAUGCAUACGGCCAGCCAGGAGAUCUAGCUCUGAAUCCUCUCUGUUAUGAGAGCACUGUAGUGAGUGAGGCUGGCAUGCAGAGAGGUGAGAGCCAAACUUUUCAAGCAUUAAAUACUUCAUGGAUGAAAUUUGAUUGACAAAGAUUGAACAGUGUUGAUGUUUGAGGUGCUGUGGCUGGUUUCUAGACCUGACACAUUUGUGCAAAGGUACUUUGAUGGGGUUUUUUUCACCCCUAAACCCCAAAGCCAUCUGCCUAUUGGAAGGAAUGAGUGUCCAAAACCCUCUUCUUUAUUCUGUGUGGUUUUGUUUUCCAAAACUGCUAUAAAUAUAUUUGAAAGAUACUGUAUAUAUGUCACAGAGGCUCUCAUCACCCACAUAUAUAUGAAAAUCUCCCCUCUGAUGCUUCCGGAUUUAAUUAGGAAGUGCUGGUGGGAUUUAUCGCAAUUGCACUGCAAUUAAGAACCACUGGGAUAUGGCUUCAUCACAAUAUUUAUCACAUAUUUAUAAUAUAUCAUGUUUAUCUGUUCCAAAGAAGGAGUCUUUUUACCAAAGAGACGUUGCUUUUCUUAAGUUGGACUUCUUAGCCAUGACAAAAAUUCACAUUAUCUGUGGCUGUGGUAAUGUCCAAACUGUUCUUUUCAGAAAGAAUUGGAAGAUCGCACAAACAUUUUUGUUCAAGUCUGCAGUUUCUGCUUCUGCUGCUUUGUCUUUGUCUAGCAUUUGUUGGCAAGUAGGACCUGAUCCCAUGAUUUGUGUGGCCAGACAGGGCCCAGGAUCAGGUUCUAAUUUAACAAAAUAUUUAAGUCCCUGGGGUUUGUUUAAGCGCAGACUUAAAGCCAUUGCAUGGUGUGACAUAAGCCAUUCGUACCAGACUGGUUCUUUAUCCCUUGAUCAUACAGGUUCGAUCUGGGUAGGAUGUGGGCACAGCUGAAUUUCUAUCAAAUUACCCAGAACACAUGAAAUGGCUUCUGUGUCACCCUUCUGCCAACUGCAGGAGAACACCAGCGGCUGAUCAAAUGGAUGACAGGAGGCUGAAUUGUUACAAGAUGAGUGCUUUGUGGUUGGUGGCUGUGGCACCUUCCAUAUGUCACAAGUAGCCCUACAGCCAGAUUUACUGUUUCUUUGAGCAAUGGCUUUAAAAGUGUCUACUUAAACUUUAUCCAGAAGAUUGGGUUGCCUUGGUUACAGCCCAAUCCUUAAGCAUAUCCCCAAGGCUAACACUAGUAUUUUGUGAAUGUGAUGGUUUUAUUGUCACUUAUUUUAUUCAUUGAACAUUGCUUUUAAAAACAGAAAGCCACACUAAUUCUUUAGCCUGAUAACGCACCUUUAAUUUUGGGUUUGGGGUUUUUUUAAUAUUUUAAUUUGUAGAUUUUUAUCAUGGCUGCGAAACACUUGGGUAAUGACUUAAUCAUAGAGGUGUGGGAGUACCAAAGUGUUUGGUAUCACUCUACAUAAUAGUGUCCAUCUUGAUAGCAGGAGUGAGGCUUUCACAAAACACAAGCUUUAAGUUGACUUUCUGCCUAUCAGCAAAAUGUGCCUGAGAAGAAUGAGAGAAAACGUCUUAAAAGAGUGGUGGUUGUUAGAGAGAAUAUGCAACAAGUCUGUCUGAGAUCUCUUUGGAGCUGUGACGGCCACUGCCUGGCUGUGGUUAGUUCAAGCCUGGCUUAAGUUCGAUAAAUGCUGGUUCCUUUUGGUUUUGAGAAAAUCUGGAAGGCAAGGGAUAACAGGACCCAAGAGAAGGUUCGUGAGAGAAAUCCUGUGUCAAGGAUAAAUGUUAGGCACCUGGUGCUUGUGCUGAGUGGCUCAGAAAGGGUGCGAGUUGCUGACUGGUGUCUGUUGGUGUCUGGUCCCUCCAGUUGGGUCACAGAGUUGAUUUGCUGCUUGUUCAACAGCCUGGGUGGACAACACCUCGUACAGGUUCAGUACUGCAAGCUAUUGGAGAGGGGGUGCUGAACAAUCCCCCUGUGGUGAAAUUCCCAUGAGAAAACACAGUGAUGGUAACUGAGGGUUUGUUGUGGAAGGAGGGCAGGAACUGCUCCAUAACCUAAAGGUUAGUAAAAUACAGACUAAGAGAGCUGUGAGAACACUGUUUCCAGUUAGAGCUAGUUGCAAUUUUUAUACUAAAUUACAUUAUAUCAGAAGGGCUAUUUUUUUAAUGAGAAAUUCUCUCUUUUUGCAAUGUUACCCACUACAUUUUUUGGAGGAUUUUUUUGCUGUUAUGAUUAAAAUCGUACUGAAUUUUUAUCUAAAAAAAUUUCAGAAUUGUUAACAAAUAUUUCUAUUUCUCAAAGACCCAUGUCUUCUUUCAUGGUUUUAUGUAGUUCUUGGGUUUCUUCUGCUGGUAGAUUAAAGUUUCUGUGACAAUUUUGAAAACUUCUUUGGAUAAAAAUUCUACUUAAAACCAAGCAUAUGUUCUUGGGAAAUGUUUCAAUAUUGGACCUGGUGAAAUUAAAAAAAAAGCUUUGAAACUUUUCACAAGAUGUUUUAUUCCCUAUUUUUAACUAGUUUUGCUAAUUUUGAAGUCACUGUUUCCUUUGUUAGAACAAUCCAAGUAACGUGACUCUUAAAAUAACAGUGUUACUUCUGUUGGGUUCAUUUUCUUAUCUGUCUUAAAGCCAUGGAGUGGCUGGCUAUAGGGACUGCCAGUGUCUUUUUCUGUGGCAAUAGCAAUUUUCUUCUUUGUUUUUACCUUGGGGUCUUUUUCUGUUUGUUUUUUUUCCCCUGAAAUUACUGAAGAAUGUAAGCACAUUAUGGCAACUGCCAUGAAGAUCCAGAGAUACUGAUUGAACUUCAUCUCCUUUCAGGGCUUGGGAAUGGCAUUUUUCCUUAAACAUUUCUAGAAAUAUUGCCUGUCUUCCUCAGCAUUUCAAGUUUGAAUUUGCAAGCCUUUGAAUUUGGAGCCUGAGAGAGAACAGACUUUACACCUGUGAAACUAUAACAUUCUUCCAGCAUCUAAAAAUCUAAGAGAAAAAAUAUAACCUCAGUAGGUUUUCUGGUGGUCAUUGAGGAACAGCUCUCACUUCAACCUGGAAAUUUUCUGCUGUGGUCUGAAAAAAACUAAUUUCCACCCUUGCAGAGCAGUCUGGCAUACACAUGCACACGUCAGGUGUUUAUGGGGCUAUAACUGAGCAGAAAUACAGGCAAUAUUGACUACUGCUACUUAUACCCCACUGACCUUUAUUCCUGACUUCGUAUCACUGGUCUCUUUGGCUUCAUGUAACAUGUGGAAGCACAGGGUUUGUCACAGGUAGCAAGAGCAUCCAGUUAAAACUUUUUUUUUUUUCUUUUUUUUAAAUUUUGCUAUUCGUCCAGUAUUCUCAUCCUACCUAAAUAUUUUAGAAAAUGAGGAAGGAAACAGAAGCCCCAGGUGAUGGCAUUACCUUUAUAUUUCCAGGGGUUAGAGUCCCUCCCCAGAAACAUCACACUUGGGAUGUCUCUGCCUUCCUGCCUCUGCCUCCCCUUGCCCACAGCCUCUUUCUUACCCGCUUUUUCCAUGUCCUCAACAUGCACUCAUCUUUGAAGUGAAGAUGGUUUCUUACUUACUUCACCGAGGUAUUGUGAGUCUUAGCUAGUAGUUGGAAAAACUUGUCCAGAUCUUUAAUCAAGUAGUUUUGUGCAUCCUUAGUAUCAGUGGCCUGCCAUAUGGAUAUCAAAGAAAAUUGUUAUAAUUAUUGCUUUUAAAAUGAUUAUGAAAUUGUGCCUUACUUUUUCAGUCAUAUUUAACCAUGUAAUUUAGAACCACAUGAUUGCAGGGAUUUACCAUGAAGAAAGACGUUUGAAGGAUAGUUUGUUUUUUAAAUAUUUUUUUCUCAAAAAAUGAUUUUAUUAGCUUUUCCUCUUCUAUUUUUUUUUCCUCCAGUUUUAUCCCUUUAAUAUGUUUGUGUAAAAGGGCAGCCAGAAUUUGCAUUUGUUAGAGACAGAAGAUUUUAUUUGGUCUUGUAUGUAGAGUUUUCAUUUUCUUUUAUGUUCCUUCAGGAAAAUUCCUCUCUCCCCAAUUACUCAUACUGAGAUGUCUUUAAAUGCAGACUGACCAGUACGGGUUUUUUGUUGUUGUUUAAUUUAGUGUGUGGUUUGCUUUGUGGUUGUGGUUUUUCUUUUAAUUAACCAGAUACCGGGUGCUGGGGAAGCAUUGCACAUUAAUGCAGAAGGUUAAUGCUAAUUUUCACAGAAAAGACAAAAUUAGAGUCUUUCCCUGUCUCCAGUGCAGUUUUGUUACUGCUCUGUGUACAACACUAAUAUUAAGCCAGACUGUAAAGGCUAAAUACUCAGAGUGACCUACUUCCAUUCACCAGCAAGAAUCCUUUGUCAGCUGACUCCUGUUUGUUUGUUCAUUUUUAAAUGUCGGAUUACAGAACGAGCAUCUCCUAAAGAUGAAAGAAAACAGUGUUUUCAUGUGCAGGAAAUUUGGGGUUGCAGUAACAGAACAUUUUCUUCGUGAAUUUGGAUGUCAUGGUGUUUUAAGCUCCUGCCUGGAGCCUAAAUCAAUUUGGCCUCUCAUCCAGUUCAUCUAACUGGUGCUCCUAAAAGGCUGCAGCCCUGAAAAAGCUCAUGCAGCAUUUUUGGCUGCCUUCCCUUGCUCCCAUUUGGUACAUAUUUGCACAAUUUAACUGAGCUUUUCUUUCUGCUGAAGGUCAGAUGCAAGCAAUACGAAACACUAAACUUUAUAAACAAGCAAAGCCAUUUCAACCACAGCAUUUUGGACUAGAAUGGAUUUUUAGGUGGCGCACUGUCUGCUGGCCUUUGGAGAGGGGAUCCUGAGACUACACUGGACUGGAACAGGAUGCAAAGCCACAAGCCUUGUUUUUUUUAAUAAACUACUUACUGUAAUCCAGCUACAAAGUUUCAGCCUCACACUUCAGAAAAAGCUUCCAGUAGCUAUGCACGUACAGGCACUUUCUCUCUUGCAGAAAGUGAAACUUUCCCAACCAGAGUAAAUUUAACCUAUUGCAUAAGAUGCUGGAAGUUGCUUGGUUUUUUAUUUUCCGUGGGAUUCUCACUAUAACCUCUGUGUGUAGAGGAUGAAUAGCUUUUCUUUUUCCCCUCUUUUUUUUUUUUUUUUUUUUCCUGACAAGAUUAGAUGUUGCAUAUUGAUGAGCUAGCAUUUCAAAGGUCCGUGGGGCUUUGGAACAUAUUAAGAAUCUCUGAAGUUUAAUAUUCACCAUGUUUUAAAUAUUCAGAAGGAAAAAUCUGCAUAAAAUGGCUUUUGAUAAAUACGUUCUAGGGAUUCUUUCUUUCUAUCUUACACAAGCGUUGUGGGGAUUGUGGCUGUGCCAGUUUUGUUCCGAAGUGUCUUUUGUUUCAGCGUUUUCAGGACCAUCUCAGUCCUGUUUGUAUGCCCAGUACCAGCCUGAAGUCUGUUAUGAUUUCUGCUGGGACUGUACAGCAGGCAGGUGGAUGUGACCAAGAAAAAGGCUCAGCUGAACAUUGGAACUCCUGAAUAUCUUCUUGGGGGCUCCCUCCUUAUGACAUCUGGGGACAUCCACCCCUUUUCUGCGCCUGCUUCUCAUGAUGAGGUUGGGAUCAGUCCAGUGGUCAGGCCCAGAUGAGAUCUUUCUGCAAAGGUGCUGGACACCGAGAUUUUGAGAUUGGAAAGGGCAGUAUCCUGGGUGCAGGAGCAAAGCAGUGUCAUUCAGUGCAUCUCAGAUCUCACAGGACAGUCUCCCCUUCUUUGGAAGUCUGUUUGGUGAAAAUCUCAGCAGUAAAAGAAGUGCCUUUAGGAGAAAUCCUCCCUUGGGGAUGCUCCAUUUCUCAUGCUCUUGAAAAUCUGAUUCAAGCUUUAGAUGAGGAGGAUCAGUUGUGGGCUGCAAAGAUGCAGCUAUUUUGCUGUAUUAUCAACACACUGCCUUACCCUGCACGUCCCAAGGUACAUCCCAGGGUGUUGCAGGGCAGUGCUUUGGUCCCGCUCACACCCAACCUUGACUUUGUCACACCAGUCCCUGUUGAAUCAGUGCCUGGUAUUUGUUCUCAGGACUGCUCUGGCUCGGGCCAAGGGCACCUCAUGCCUCUAUGCAAAAGGUGGUGCUUUCAGGUUUUACCUUACAAAUAAUGCAGCCCUUUCAAACUCACCUUUCUCCUCACGUGUAUUCUUGACAGAAGUAGGAUUUUAAAUAUUUCAUUGCAUUCUUCUUUCUUCUUCCUUUUUGCCAGAUGUCUUGAAAACAUUGUCAGAUUACGAUCUGGGGGGGGAUCAGGAUCAGUUUCCUUCUUGAUUGCAUGGUGUAGGUUUGCAAUGAGGGUUUUGUCCUUUUUUUUUUUUUUUUUUUUUUUGUUAGUCUUACAGAACAGAUGCCUUCAUUUUAUGCAGAGAAAGAUUGUCUAUGAUUAGAGCUAAUCCAGGAUGGCAGGAUUGGACCCCCACAGUGAAAGCUAGAAAAGUGAUUGCAAAAGUAUUCUGUUUCUCCUUUAUUAAUUGCACAGGAAGUUUCCACCAAGGGCUCAUGUAGCCCAACUGGCCUAUGUAAUAAGUAGCAGGGCCUGUAAUUACAGUCUGUCUUCUGAUCCUAUCUGUGCUCUGACUUUCUAGGCACUACAGUUCUAUUUACAUCUGGUUGUUUGUCACCUUUUUAAAUUUUUGAUUGGUCACUAAGGGAAGGAGGGCACGAGCCGUGAGCCCUGCGAGGUGCAGUGAGUAUAAACGAGGGAGUCCUCCUCCCUCUCAGGUAUCUGCCUCAUUUGGGACACAGAACAGAGCACGAGGAACAGGAGGAUUUUACCAGCCAUGCAGCAGAGGAAGUGGGCUGCCUGCCAGCUGGGUAUCUUUCAACACCUCAGAGUUCUUUGUAGGACUGGAAAUUUGAACCUUUUACAGGUCUUAACUAGUGUACUCUCCUGUGAGAGAGUUCAUCAGCAUUUCUUUGCUCAGAGUGGUUCCUACAGGAUUUUUCCUCUGUAAGAUUCAAGGUUUUAUGGCUGCAAAGAGAUCCUUCUCCAUAUGGUAUGAGGAGGAAGAUGGCUUUUGGCAUCAUGCAGAGAAACUGUGUUACAAAUCCUGCUAUCAAUGUGUACAGCAAGUGUAACUUGAAUGGGUGGGGGAAGGCAGUGAUUUACACGUGGUGCAGUACCAAGUUCACCAGCUCUGAGCACCAGCAAGCACAGCCUCAAGCAGAUGAGCUCCCUGGGGUGUCAGUUCUGGGACCUGCAAGUAAAUAAUGGGCUCCUUGUGGGAGUGUUUGGUGCUGGACACUUUGGCAGUAAUCUCUUGUCUCUUUGGAAACAUGCACUAAACUUUGGGUAAAGCUACAGAAUGGUGCCCCCCGGUCUUUUUUCCUCAAGGCAGACUCCCAGUGCUGUGUUUGAUGAAGAGGAAUGAAAGCCAUUAGGCAAAUACUGUACUCUGCAAAAAAACCCAUUAACAAUCUACUACGGAUACUUUUAAUGUCCAUUAAGCUGUUACACAAAUUGUCCCUUUACUACAGCUUGCACUGAUAUUUCAUUAUUUUUAACCUGACUUCUGUUUAAAAAAUACCCCUCAAUUAUUUUUUAAUUUUUUGUAACUCUGCUUCUAAGAAAGUUGAUGCUUUAAAGGAAAAAAAAAAACCAAAAAACUUAGUUUCAAACAUGAGUUUUUCAGGCUUCUAAAUUAAUAAUUUCUACACCUGACCCAGUUCCUGCAGCUGCCAAAAAAGAAAAGAGAAAGCUAUUUAAAUUUCUCAUAGAACCAUUUAUCUCUUAAAAUAUGCCAAGGCAAUUUGAGGUGGGGGUGGAGACUCAGCUAUUUAUCUCAGCAGCUUGAUUUUUCUCUUUAUGUUUCUAACUGUCAGGGGGAAAAAACCGGUAGGAAGCUAUUCUUGGGCUAUUAUUGAUGUAUUGUGUUGCCAUUAUGCAGGAUGUCUGCUUUGCUAUAUACGGAAGGACAUUAAUAAUAGCCAUCUCCCCUGCCCCCACCCUCGGUUCCUCUUUGAGAAGAUAUGGUUUAACUGGAGCAUCUGCUGUGUUCAAAUUGCUGCUCCUUCCUCCCCUUCCCCCAGUUCAUUCCCAAACUAGUUUUAGGAACCAGGGCUAAGGGAAUAAGGAGACAUUAUUUUUGCCAUUUUUCUGCCUACUUCUGUGGUUGCUCCAGGCGAAUUGUUUCCAUGCCCUGUACCUGUCUGCCCUUCUCCUUCCCAUGCUUCAUUUUUUCUUUUCCUUCCCACUGCUUUCAUUUUAAGUUCAUCAGUGUGAAAUAAAAACCCUUUCUUGUUGUCUUUUUCUCACAAAGGCUGGCUGGCAGAACAGGCUCAGCAACAGACCUCUGAUUUGUUAUUACCCAGCAUUUCAUAUCCGCAAACAUCGGUUUCAUUAUUUCCAAUUAGUAGGAAAAUGUAUUCCCGUUCCCAUCCCUCCUACCCCAGGUUUAAAACAUUGUUGUGAGACUUUAAAGGGUCCGUCUGCUUGUUUAAAGACUCGGAUGCUUGUUUUAUUUUUGGAAGCAGAGUGUACAGUGAACAGGAAUAGUUUGAUGUUUAAAAAAUAGCCCCAGUUCAGCAUUCCCCUGAAGUGCGGGAAGUCCUGUCUCUGCAGGGCUGUGCCAGCAGCGUGACAGCCCAGAGAGAAAAGCCAGCUUGAAUAGGAAAAAGAACUGGCCUGCCCCAUUUCAUCUGUGAGAAGAGAGAGGUGAAAAUAAUAAACGUGGCAAGAAAAUAAAGGGCAGAAUUGCUCUGAUUUUUUAUUUUAAUGGCUGUUCCUAUGUCUCCCGCUGAUUUUGUUCCAUAGUAGCUUUGCUUAUUCAGCAUUUUUGGUAAUCAGGACCAUGUGCUUUUUCAUGGUAUCAUUAUUUUUCAUUUGUUGAGUCAUAGUCUUGCCCUGGUCCCCAUAGGGUAUGGAGCCACUUUGGUCUGGGCACUGAAUGAAGACAGUUAGAAGCUCUCUCUAGGAGAGCUUACCUAGAAUUUGAAACCAGAAAAUGCAAUCAGCAUAGUUUCCAGUUCUGAUAUAGAGAGGUUUUCAAAAUUGGAACAUGGGAGGAAUACCUUCACUGGGGGAAAUGCUUAGAUUUCAAAAUGAAAGGGAGAUGGCCAUUCAGUGUAGUUUCUUGUUGCUCUUACAAUCUUCCUUGGUGGUGGCCAAGGAGAAAAAUGACACCCUCUGUUCCCUAAACUAAGCCAGAGCCCAGCAUCUCCUCUGCAAACAUUUCCUCCAGUUCCAGCUUUCCACACUGCUGCAGCAUGGGAGUGAGGAAGGCCUGCUAAGGGAGCAAGGUCAACCUCAUCCUCUCCACAGCCAGCGCCGCUCCCCAUGGUGAGUCUGUGUCCAGCCUGGGGCUCGAUCCUGCCUUCCUAGUUGCGAGUAUUUUGCCAGAAUCAGCUGUUUUCCCUCUGCCAUUAGCUAUGGGAUUGUGUGCAAUGAUGAGGAUUUGCAGGGAGGGAGGAGAAGAUCCUGUUCCAAUUAGGCUGCCUUUGUGCUCAUGUUUCAUUCAGGACUGCAUGAGAUAAGAGCAGUUUGCACUGCAAUGCACAGCCGGAGGUUGUAGUUUGCGUUUCAACUGUGUUGAGAUGGUACCCAUUGAAAAUACGGAACUGGGGUGCUUUUUUGCAUCUGCCAGUGCUUUACUGACAGCUCUGUGUGGGCUGGAAACCUAUUUCGGUUUGGCAAAUGGACAUUUUGUGCCUUGUCCCCCAAGUCUGAUCUAGUUCUCUGUUUUAUUCACCUAAAAAGUAGCAUUUCUAAUGUGCCUAAGUAGCUAAGCCCCUGACAAGCAUCUCAGCAGAACAACCAGCAGGGUGACAGGUAGGCUAUUGACAGAGCUGCCUUCACAAAAAGUGUAUUCCACUUUCUUCACUCCGUGCCUUUUCAGAGACCUGCUGUGCUCCUUUAUGGGCAGCACAGAAACAGUCCUAGUGCUGAGCAGGGAUGGGAACUAGGAGGGUGAUGGAGAAAAGAAGCAAGAGGCUAAUGUUGAGCCUCUGUUCUCCAUGGGGAUAAGCCAAGCAAUGGCUUAUCCCAUCAGUACAGCUUGUCUUGCUUUACACACCCUGUUGUCUGGUGGGCAGCUGUUCUGUAGCAGAGGUACUUGGGUAUAUAUCCUCAAAAAUCUCUUCCUGAUCAGAGCUCCAGAGCCAUUCAUAUGUGAAGAAUUUAUUCCCUUAAUAUUGUCUCUUAUAAAAUCUCCAUCACUCAUUUUUUAUCUAAUCCUAGAAGAGAAAAUCUGAAGGUGAACCAAAGUUUGAUUUGUGCUAUUGUAUUAAAAAGGCUGAUAAGCUCUCAUUUUCAAUCCUCAAAGUCAUGUUCUAGCAAACUUUUCCCUGCUGUGAUCAGACAGGAAAUGCAAGGUGUAUUGGAAAUGCAGUAAAGGGAAAGAUUCGAUGUUUUUAUGCUCCGUACUGCACCAUUGUGACCUCCUCUGCUGUCCCUGUGGAGAAUGAGAACUGAGUAUUGGUAGAGGUAUGGGGCAGAGCAAAGUAAUGUCUGGACUUCCAUAGUCUUGCUAGAAAAGAUCUGCCUUGGUGAGACAUCAACUUCCUUAAUGGUCCUAUACUUUCCCACCCUACAGCUUGUGUUUUGGACAGUCAGAGAGACUGGAGAGCAGCCUCCAGUGCCUGCCCUCUAGUUAGUCAAAUAAGAGACCCCGAGUAUGAAUUCUUUGUUUUAGUAAAGACACUUUCCAGCACAGAACAAACAGCAGAGGUUUGUUGUGUUUCAGAGCCCAAUCUCUCACACUGGCUUUACCUGUGGGCUGAUACAAGAGGGUCUGAACCACACAUAGGUCAUUCCAGAAGGAUUCCUCUUGGUUACAUCCCCCAUGGAGAACCCCCUAAAGGCUGGGAGAAUGAUUCACCUCUUUCAGACUGCAAGGAGGAAGUGCCCCCAGGAAUGUAUUUGUCCUACAUAGCUGCUAUGCUUUGGCCUAUCCCUGCCAGCUGCAGACCUGUCUGCUUGAGGAUUCACCAAGGAUGAUCUGUACUGGAUGUGCAGUAAUUCACAGUGGUUUGAGGUGGUGUUUCAGCUUCAUCAUAGUUGGUUUAUCCCUUGAGAUGGAAAAGGUUUUGUGUUGUUGCCUUUGUUGCAGCUGGGAGGGAGUGUGACUGGUCACACUCCUCCUUGUCCAGUGUCAGCAGACAGAGGCUCUCAGUGGUAUGGGAAGCAUCUUCCUUUUAAAUGUGAAUCACUAGCCUAGGGAUCUGGGCAAGGGGGGGGGCACAAGGAAGCAUUCCCUGUAUGAGGAGUGCUUCUGCUGCACACUCUGUGCCCUUGGAUCCUAAUGAAGUAACAUUACUUGAGCUUUUAGGACUGGUCUCCUAUCUGUCAGAGCUUCGGGGUACCAGGGUUUUACUCCUUGCUGAGCAAAAGCACUACCCAAGUCUGUGAGGAGCCUAAUCCUGCUGCCAUUGGAAUUUUCCUGAUUCCUGUGAAUUGCUGAGUGCACCUCCUGUGAGCUGCUGAGUAGCCUCCCUUGUCACUGAACCCAUCAGGCCACUUGUCUCCCUCACUGACUUCUUCCAUAGGGCUUUGAGGGCACUCAGGAAAUGCAAUCAGCACCUUACAGGAUCGAUCUGCUAGGCAAUAAAUGAAGUUUUUUCUCUGGUAACUUGUGUGCAUGAAUUGAAAAUCAUUUAUUCCAAUUUGUUCUGAGGACAGAUGCAGCAUAUACACAUUUUCUAUAUUUAUAAAUAUAUAUAGAUAUAUAUAUUUUGUUCUCAGCUAGUUACCUCUUCUAAACUGCAAUUUUCAGAGCAACCGGCAUAUAUUUUUUAUUCAACACGUAAAACGACUUUUUACAGUAAGAGAAUGAAAGCUGUUUUAAGCAUGUGUUUUCUGUAUUUUUAUUAUGCAUUAUCCAAUUAUAUUGAGAUGUAUUUUCCUCUUUGCUCUGCUCUUUCAGUUGUUAUCCUUUUUAUCAGUUAUGCUUUUCAAAUGUUUUGUAAGGGAAAAUAAAUAUGCAAAAUCGCCAGAUGCCUUUUUUCUUUGCAGAAGAAGUAUCACAAAUGCUUUUUUAUUACAUUUUACCAAUCCAAUAAACUUCUUACAAAUUUCA